AUUCUGGACCACGAUUAUCAAUGAAAGGCACGUCAUAUAUUGAAGAAGGUGUUGGAUCAUCUCCUAAAGAGAUAGUUUCUCAGUUGUCAGCUGCUGUGGUGUCUUAUGACCCUGGACCUGUAGAUGGCUUUUAUCCUGGUAAAUCAUCAGAUUCCGUGAUUCGGAGCCAACAGCUCAACCAGACAAAUGGCUCAGGAGCAUCUAACUCCCCUGAAGCUGGAGCUGGAGAACCAAUUCCAUCAGAAAGAUUUACACGAGGAAGAUCGUACAACAUCAGAAUGGAUGAUCAAGUCCUUCUUAGAUUUUCCCCGAAGAAUACCGACUCUACGUAUUACUUCAGCGAUAACAUUGGUGGAACUCUUACUUUCUUCCAUGAAGAAGGAGCUAGAAGAUGUCUUGAGGUCUCGGUUACACUGGAAACUUCAGAAACAAUAAACAGAAGAUUUGUUCAUCCCUCCAGGAGAAAUUCUCCAACGCAUACCAAGACCUUAUUCAGACGAGCUUUCUGUUUUCGAUUCCCACGGAUGGUCCAAUGUCGUUUACAACACCUCGUGUUUCUGUGCAAUGGAUUCUUCGUUUUGAGUUCCUAAUUACUCCAAAGGAUGUGCACUUGAGCAGGUAUGAACAUCCGUUGUUAAUACGGGAAAGGGAAAAAUGCGAAUGGGUUCUUCCGAUCACGGUACAUGCACCACCACCCCGAACGUCAUCAGCUGCUCAAAACCGAGGCGAUACGCUCUUUGGUUUGGAGCCUUCUUGGGUUCGUAGCUAAACCAUACAUGUUUUUUUUUUUUUUUUUUUUUUGAAA